AAGUCCAUUCCGUUGUUCAAUAUGUGGUUUGGUCUAAAAACUGGUUCUUCAUUUCUCUCUACCAUCUAUCUUUCUGGUUACCCAUAUAAGUUCUUUCUGCUUCUUUCAAGUUUCAACAAAGGCGGCCUGGCCUCUGCCCCACCCCAUUACCCCAAUUACGACCACCAAUCAUUCUCAUUCAGUUGUGGUGAUCUAGCUCAUGCCAUGCCCUGGGCUUUAUCUAUAUAUCCACUACUCAGAAAAACUAUCCUAGUAGUUUCCGGCAGUGUCAAACAGAGAAUGGAUCCGACCAAGAUCUCUCUCCGGCCAUUCAAACUUUCCGACGUCGAUGACUUCAUGGUUUGGGCUAGCGAUGAUCGGGUUACCCAUUCUCUUCGAUGGAACACCUUCGCAUCUAAGGAACAUGCAUUGAACUACAUCAAGCAAGUUGUCAUUCCCCACCCAUGGCGUCGCUCCAUAUGCUUGAACGAUCGCUCUAUUGGAUAUGUAUCUGUCAAGCCGGAAUCUGGAGAUGGUACAUGUAGAGCACAUAUUGGGUAUGCCUUAGCAGUAGAGUAUUGGGGCCAAGGGAUAACCACCAUAGCUUUGAAGAUGGCACUCUCUUCUGUUUUCAAAGAAAUGCCUUAUCUGGUUAGAGUGCAAGCAUUUGUUGAGGUAGAGAAUAAGGCCUCACAAAGGGUACUAGAGAAGGUUGGGUUCCUAAGAGAGGGUCUCUUGAGGAAGUAUGGUUUUAACAAAGGUGAGAUUAAGGAUUUGAUUAUCUAUAGUUUCUUAUCAACAGAUCCUCUGCUAAAUUGAUAUUUUCUGUGUUUUUCUUGGUAAUCCGAUCGAUGAUAUAUCCAAUGAUGCCCUAAUAAACAUUGUUACCAUGAACAAGUAUGUGCCAGAUUUUUUUUUUUUUUGAAACUAGUAUUUGCUGAUCAUUAGCAGCUUUUCUGGUUUUAAAAAUAUGAGAAUAGAUAAGAUAGCUAUAGGCAGCCCAACAAGCUUUUGUGUUCCACUUAACUGUAUAAAGUUUUGGGCCAAUUCCAAGGCCGUUUGGUUGGUCAAACCCUAUUAGGGGCAAUUUGAUUAAUUUAUUAUAGUUUUUCUAUGCCA